CCGCCUCCGUGCCCUCCCGCGGGUUGUCUCGCCGUGCAGUUGCUGUCCGGUGGCUGCGGCGACGGGUGGAGCCGUGCUACUGCUGCAAGGGGACAACUCUUGCUGGAGUCUGAAACACAAAGGCAGCAUCAUAAAAUCUUAAUCAAGUGAAAAUGGCCUUUAACAAUCUGACAUCAAAGGCUGUGCUACUUUAUGAUGAAUGGAUUAAAGAUGCUGAUCCAAGACUGGAAGGCUGGCCACUCAUGUCUUCACCUUUUCCAACAACCAUUAUCAUUGGAACCUACAUCUAUUUUGUUACUUCCUUAGGACCCAAACUCAUGGAAAAUAAAAAACCUUUUGAACUCAGGCAGAUAAUGGCACUUUAUAAUUUUAGUGUGGUAACCCUCUCUUUAUAUAUGACUUAUGAAUUUCUUAUGUCGGGUUGGGCCACAGGGUAUUCAUUCCGGUGCGAUAUUGUUGACUACUCAAGGUCACCUACAGCUCUAAGAAUGGUACGAACUUGUUGGCUUUACUACUUUUCCAAGUUCAUUGAAUUAUUAGACACUAUAUUUUUUGUGCUGCGUAAGAAAAACAACCAAGUUACAUUCCUGCAUGUCUUUCAUCAUUCCAUCAUGCCAUGGACCUGGUGGUUUGGAGUCAAAUUUGCUGCAGGUGGUUUAGGAACGUUUCAUGCUUUGCUGAACUGUAUUGUCCAUGUUGUCAUGUACACUUAUUAUGGAAUCUGUUCUUUGGGACCAGCCUAUCAUAAAUAUUUGUGGUGGAAAAAAUACAUGACAACUAUACAACUUGUCCAGUUUAUUAUGAUUACAGGACAUAUAGGACAAAUCUACAUCAUGGAUGAUUGUCCGUACCAGUAUCCAAUUUUCAUGUUUAUUAUUUGGCUAUAUGGCUCUAUGUUUUUAGUCUUGUUUCUCCACUUCUGGUACCAUGCUUACACAAAGGGACAACGACUACCAAAGAUGGCAAGAAAUGGGAUUAGCAAAGAUCAGUGAAACAAACUCUUGUCUAUAAAAAAGUGUGUAUGUCAAAGUGGAAACUUGCACUACUUGACAAUCAAGAUAUUUAGGUGCAUGUACUACACUCUGUAUAUUUUGUAUGUUUUCUUCCAAAACAGAAUUUGUAUCUUUACCGUAAGUUAUUUGGGAUUCAGAAUUUGGGAGGUGGGGGGAGCAGUGUGGAUCUCUUUUUUUUUUUUUUUUUUUUUUUAAAUCAAAGUGGGUUUUUUUUCAACAACUUGUUCAUGUCUAUCCUAUAAGAAAUGAAUGGAUAGAUGAUCUCUAUCUAGAAGAUGCAUGAAAAUAAAGAUACUCAUUGGGAAAAUUAAAAUGUGUAUGACAAGUACUGAGCACUUUGAAUACUGAGGAAAAAAAAUUACUUCACCUUAAAUGUUUUAAGUUCUUGAGACUGUCAGCUGCGUUUUAUUAAAAGAACAAAUCUUCAAUAAAUACUGU